CACAGCACCUUUUACAGGUGGAGGGAGUGCCACUAAGAAAACUCUCUGAGGUGAACGUACCAGCUCUAAAUAGCUGCUGAUGUCCUUUAUCAGCAAAGAAAGUUUGACCAGGAAACUAAAACAGUUAAAGAAGAGAAGGAGAGGAUGUUAAAAUCACCGUUCUCUGUGUUUCUCUUCUGUUUGUUGCGACAUCUGGACUGUACAGUUUCCCAGCAUGCAUCUAGGGUGCAGGUGUAUGAGGGGGCGGAGUUUGUCCUGCUGCCCUGUCAGGUACCAGCUGAUGUUUCCAGUGACUCCACAGCUGUGGUGUGGAACCGUGAUGAGUUCACGAUCCCAAUGGUCCACAAGCGUGUGCAGAGCAGUGACGAUCUUACAAACCAAAACCUUCGUUACCUCGGUCGAACAUCAAUGAGAGCCACCGCUCUGCAGACUGGAGACCUCAGCCUCACUCUGAGGAACCCCACAGUCUCUGACAGUGGAACCUAUACCUGCACCGCUCGCAAGACUGGAGACGAUCUGAAGGAGAUCCAUGUGCAACUGAAGGUCUCAGAACCUCCUCCCCGCUGGCCCAUAGUUGUGGCAUUCGUGGUUCCUGUGCUCCUCCUGGCUGUUAUCUUUGGUGCCCUCGUGUACCAUGCAAAUAAUAAAGUAAAGAACAGAGCAGUCUCCAUGCUGAAAGCAGAGAAGGUGACAGAGGGGGCGGAGUAUAUCAAACUGCUCUGGAAUAAGAGUGAAGUUCCGCCUGCUGCUGUCAGAGUGAAGUGGACACGUGAACAACCUGAACAUGGAGAGAUCUGUGAGUGUGUGAAGGAUCAGACGGGUCAGUGGAAGCUCGAGUCUGGUCCUGUUUAUAAAGGUCGUGUACAGAUGGAUCAGCUGACUGAAGGAGACUUCACCCUGACUCUGAUGAAGCCUCACUGUGAUGAUGGAGGUGUUUACUUGUUUGUCGUCUACGGCCAGGAUGGAAAACCCAUUAAAGUGACAGUAGUGGUGCUGUGGGUCAAAGAGACCUGGUGGAAAAUCAUCACAGGCUUGUUUGAGAGGAGAGCCCUCCACAAUGAAGAAAA